UAUAUGUUGAAAGAUGUCAGAUAGUAGCAGAUGCUGGAAAAAAAAAAGCGAGUGUAUAUAAGCGAUCACCUGAAUGAGGGUUCGUCUUGUCUCGAGCCGGAUUCAACAGCAGACACACCUGCGCAGCAGCCGAACAAGGAUUUGUCCACCGUACCUGAAGUUUUACAGAAAUUGUUUGUAGAUCGCCACAGAAUGCCCAACAGCUGCAGAUGCUUAGUUUUGCUACUUGCCUUCACUGCGACCAUAUUAAUGGCCAACGGGCAAAGGCAGCACAACAGCCGAUCGACGUUGUUGCGGUCCAUGUCACAAGUCCGUACUGCCACCACUAGCACCACCAGCAGGCCGUUAACACUCGAGGCGGAGGAGGUGGAUCGAAUUUCAACAGAUUUCGAACCACGCCCGAGUCUUACAAUUCAACCGGAGGAUCGACUGAAAUUGCGCCAGAGCGUAAUGGAUCUCAACAAGAGGAGACGAGUCACAGCUAUCAAACCGACCAUGUCUCCCGACGUGAUUUCCACUCCGAACGUGUACCACUUUUUUUCCAAAAAGCGUUUUGAGAGAGUAAGAUCCAACUUAACGGUGACGACGUCGCAACCUCCGACAUCUUCGACCGCGGAAGCAGCUCCAACAGCCGACGCGGUUGCUAUUUGAAGAGUUCACACAUUUUUCUUAAAUAAUACGCGUACCGCUGUACAGAUAAAUAUGACGGAGAAAUCAAAACAUGUCAAAAUAACACAAUGGUAAGGUACGGUCAAUAGCCAAUUGUUCGAAUGUUUUCCCGAUUAAUAAAUGUGCGCUUUUUUUUAAGUCGAA